GUAUAAAUACGCCGGGUACGACAUACACAAAUCAUUCAGGACGGUUUCAGUUUGAGACAUAAACGCAGACUGUUUUUCAAGAUGAUGGCGACACUUAGACAGGUUUUGCAAGCAUUGUUGUUAACAGUGGCAGUUUCAGUGGGUGUGGAGAGUACAUUAACUUACUCCUGUGACCCAGACAAUACCGUAACAGUUACUGGGUUCACUGCUGGAACAAAUUUUUUUGCCAAGCAAGGUGCAACAACGUGUUCAACAAGCCUUUCUAGUACCACGCUGACAAUAACUGGUUGUAAUAAGGAUUCGGAAAUACUGGUCACAUAUGGCUCCUACGCAGACAUGGAAACAAACGCUCUACAUGGCGGUACAACUGUCAAUGCGUUUAAAAUAACAUGUAACGAGAUUGCUGCAACUGGAGUAGCCCAUACCAUUACAAAUGCAUUUACAGCCAGUUUGUCCAUUGAUGCAACCCCUUCUACUCAACCGACAUAUUCUGUGACGUCAUCUCUAAGUCCAUCAUCUGUAACUGUUGGCGCCGACGUCACCUGGACAAUAUCUUAUCCAAGUUCUUACAGUCUGCAAGUUGUUAGCUGUAGUGCAUAUGCUGGUACAAGUGCGACUGGUACAGCCCUCUCCUUGAUUACUGCUGGAGGGUGUACCACAUCCCCCAAAACCUAA